UUUCUUUUUUCCGUUUUGUACCGAACGCCUCCUUACUCUCCCUUGCGGAAAACGAUUCCUCUCAUUUCUAUUAUCCUCUUUCUCUCAAAACCCUAAACCGUUGCCAAUCAUAAUAAUCAGAUUCUGCAAGUUCUUUAUCUUCUUUAUUGUCCUUUAUUGAUUUUAUUGUAAAAUUUGAUGUGAUGAAGAGGGCAAUGGCAUGGGAUGAUCAUGAUGAGGCAAAUGAUUCAUCAUCUUCUGACGAAUCUUCAUCUUCAAAUCCGGACUCUGAAGCUGAAGAUGGACCUCCCAACACCAAGCUUAAGAACUCAUCACAAGCAAAAUCUAGGAAACAAAAAAGUGCUGCUUUGGAUUUUGAAGCAUUGAAGCGACAUGGCUAUAAUGGAGGGUUGUCUGUCCUAAAUGUACCUCCUCCAAAAGAGAAGCCAGACUGGUCUUGGUCAACUGGCAGAGAAAGCAGUGAAAUCAGGGAGAUUAAAGAAUCUUUCGAGGACAGACAGAAAACUAGAGCCGCAAUAUUGGAUGCAGAGGAGCUGGUUAAUGUACAAACUCGGAAAGAGAAACAGAAUGUUUCCUUUUCACAGAAGGAGAAGCGGAAAAGAGAACUUGGUCAGGCUAGUAGGGGGAAGAAUUAUGUUGAAGAAGAGAAGAGGUUGCUCCGGGAAAGUGGCAUCUAUUCUGGUUUUGAUACUUGAUUUGUGUAACUAGGAACGAGCUUUCUCAUCAUGUAUGGGAUGUAGUUGUUCUCUUGCGCUAGAUACUUGGUUGUAACAUCUAUUUUUGUGGUUUUCAGAAAAACAGGUUCCGUAUUGUUGUAUUAUAAAGAUAAUUAUCUUUCAAGACAGUUACAAAAACUGUGAAUCUAGUGGCAUUUGUUUGGCAUGUGGGAUUAAUGAUUAGUUAUGGAUUUUGUUGUGAGCAA